AUGCUUGCGGAGAUUUUCCAGGAAAGCAUAAAACAGAAUAAGUCAUCCGAUUGGGAAGAAUGCAAGGAGUUCUUAAAGGAAACUAGGGAAAAACCGAAACUGUCCGAAAAAAUGGAAAUUAAAGAGUUGUACGACAUGUUUAUUGAGAAAAAAAGAGACAUCUACAUAUACAAAGGAAAUCCCAGCGGAAAUUCGGCGCCAAAUAUGGCGUUAAUUGAUCAUUUCGAUGAAUCCCAUAAGUACCACAGAAGACUCGCUUUAGAAGUGAUUUUACAUAAAGAUCGUCGGCUUUUCUCGUGUUAUCAACAAAGUUGUAAGGAUAUAAACGAGAGCGUACUGAAAAUAGGAAUCGUGCAGAGAACAAACGACGAACCUCAGUUUAUUCACAGGACUUUCGCUGAAUAUUUUGUUGCGGAAAGUCUAGUCCACGAAUUGCAAGCUCAGUUACACAGUCCAGAUAUAAAGUUUCAAGAGUUUUUCGUAGGUAAAGUUUUACAACUCCCUGAAAAUGUAAUUAUCCGCGGCUUCCUUGACAAUUUUCUAAAUAGAGUCGUGGAUUCUGAACCCGCAAAUAUUCUCGAGAAAUAUGAAUCCCAUACUUGUGACCAAUGCUGUUGGAUGGAUGACCAUAGAUUUAUUCAUUUAUUAGCGGAAGAGGGUUGUAUCGCAAUUCUGCAACUCGUCCUCAAAUGCGUAAAUUUCAAGAUUGUCAGAGGCAAAGAAAUUAACAUCGAAGAUUUGACAAGUUACGAUUUCGAUAACAAUAGAAGCGUUUCCCAAGCCCUUUUACGAAAAAUUCGAGUUAACAAAAUAGAGAGAAAGGAAAAUGUACUAUUAUUUACGAGGAUUAUUACUCAAGAGGCUGGAAUCAACAUCAGGGACAGAUUUGGGAGCACGCUACUGUACUAUGCCGCUGACGGUGGUCACUUUGAAAUGGUGAGGUUUCUAACCGAGCAAGGAGCAGACAUCAACAGUGCAGGUUACAUGGGAUGUACGGCACUGCACUGCGCUGCGAGCGACGGUCAUUUGGACAUUGUCGAAUAUCUCGUAAAAUCCAACCACGAUAUCGAUAUCCAAAACGUGGACCGCCGCACGGCGCUGCAUUUUGCCGCCGCGAAAGGUCACCUGGACACAGUGAAACUUCUUCAUCGACUUGGCGCAGAUUUAAAUGUAACAGACUUCGAUGGCGGCACGGCACUGCAUUCUGCUGUCUCGGGUCAUCACUUGGACACGGUCAAGUACCUUCUUGAACUGGGUGCGGACUUCGAUGUUGAAAAUAACUACCAACGCACGCCCCUGCGUCUAGCUGCCAUUUACGGUUUCUCAGACAUAGUUAAAUUCCUGUUUGAACUGGGCGCGGACCUCAGUGUUACAAAUUAUGAAGACAACACGGCAUCGCAUUUAACUGCUUUUUUUGGACGCUUAGACGCAAUCAAAAUCCUUCACGAACUGGGGCAUCAAAGACGACAAGGGCCGCACGCCGCUGCAUUUAGCAGCUGGGGAUGGUCAAUUGCCUGGGCUGGUCACUUGGACACCGUCGAAUUUCUUCACGGACUGGGCACUGAUUUAAAUGUUAGAGAUAAUGAAGACAGCACGCUACUGCAUUUGGCUGUUGCGAGGGGUCAAUUGGUUGUCGUCAAAUUUCUAGUGAAUCUCGUCGGUGACGUCAAUAUCAGGGACCUCAACGCCCGCACGCCUUUGCAUCUAGCUGCCUGGGCUAGUCACUUGGACACAGUCAAAUUCCUUCACGGACUGGGCACAGAUUUAAAUGUUAGAGAUAAUGACGAGAGCACGCCACUGCAUCUUGCUACCGUAUCUGGUAAUCUGGGCGCAAUAAAAUUCCUUCUUAAAGUAGGUGGAGAUUUGAGAAUUAGAAAUAAAGAUGGUCGCACGCCACUGCAGCUUGCUCGCUACAAAGGUCAUCGUCAAAUUGUUAACUACUUUAAGAAUAUGAAUAGAACUACUUUAAAAGUAGGAAUGGGAAUAAGAAAAAAGAAAUAA